CGCCUCUAGCGGCGACAGCCCGAAGGAGAGGCACGUGGCUCGAUCGGGGAGCCGGCGCUGGAGCCGCGGAGGCUCUCUUUGGGCUCGGUCGCUCGGCCGAGCAAGCCGCACUACAAGCCCCAGGGUGCCUUGCUGAUCGAUCGCUGGCCGGGGAGAGCAUGCAGAGCUCCGGCAGCCCCCAGCAGGGCCGCCCCCUGCCUCCCGAUCGCCGGGAGAGCGAAGGAGAGGAGAGCGGCGGCGCGAGAAGCAUGUGGGUGUUUGGCUACGGCUCCCUCAUCUGGAAGGUGGAUUUCCCUUACGAGGACAAGAUGGUCGGGUACAUCACGGGCUACAGCAGGAGGUUCUGGCAAGGCAGCACGGAUCACCGCGGAGUGCCGGGCAAGCCUGGAAGAGUUGUGACACUUAUUGAAGAUCCUGAGGGCUGUGUAUGGGGUGUUGCAUACAAACUGCCACCAGGACAAGAAGGUGAAGUAAAAGCAUAUCUUGAUUUCCGAGAGAAAGGUGGCUACAGGACUACAACUGUCAUUUUCUAUCCGAAAGAUCCCUCAGUGGAGCCCUUUGAUGUGCUGUUAUAUAUCGGAACCUGCGAAAACCCUAACUACCUUGGACCAGCACCUCUAGAAGAAAUUGCCAAACAGAUUUUUAAUGCAGUUGGUCCCAGUGGAAGAAACACAGAAUACCUGUUUGAACUCUGCAACUCCCUCAGGGAUCUCGUGCCAGAAGAUGUAGAUGAACAUCUUUUUACUUUAGAGAAACUAGUAAAGAAACUCUUAGAACAGGAAGAAAGCAAAAAUGUCAAUUCCAUAUAAUAAUCACCUUGUGGUUUCAAACAGUCUCUUCAUCAUCAGGAGAACGGUUUCACUGAUGACAGUAGUAUGAUUUCAAGAUGCUCCAUGUGGACUUUGAAUAUAUUAAUUUUCAUGUUUCAUUCAGGGCGCUACUGUCAUUGAUCAGUAGAAAAUUAUGUUUAAAGCUAUGUCUUCAGGAGUUUAAGGGAGGAGGAGCUUUGAAUUUUGGUAAAAUUUUAAAGAAUGCAUUUCUCUCAGUUUCUCAGAUAUGAAGAAAUAAUUUAUGCCCAAUUUAAGUUUGAGGGAAAUUUUUAUUGAUUUCAAGUUAUUUAGAUUUUUCUUCCUUUUAAAAAAAUAUAGUUUGGGACUAGAUCCUGCACUCAGACAGACUAUGGAUGCAAUCCUAUACAUAUGUGCUCAGGAGCAAGUCUCCUUAAACCAGGCAUGGCCAAACUUGGCCCCCCAGAUGUCUUGGGACUACAACUCCCAUCAUCCCUAGCUAACAGGACCAGUGGUCAGGGAUGAUGGGAAUUGUAGUCCGAAAACAUCUGGAGGGCCAGGUUUGGCCAUGUCGGCCUUAACCUAAGUUAGACCUGCUUUUGGGAGUAAACUUACAUAGGAUUGAGCUGUAUGUGUUACAUUAGACCUCAACUACACUUAUUUAAGAGCAAUCCCAGUGGGACCAGUCUAUAAUGGUUUGUGGAGUAUAGCACUGACAUGGAAAUCCUAUGUACACUUACUUGGGAGUAAGUCCCAUGGAAGUUCAACUGAUUUCAAAGUAAACUUCAUAGGAUUGCACUGUAAGCAGCAGUUAUUCCUAUGCAAAGACUAGGAUAUUUUAAAAACAAUUUACUACGGGAUAUUUUUCAUUUCGUUCAUGAGUCAGCAGUUAGUUUAUAUAUAAACUACCUGCCUUUUGAUAAAAUGAGCAAAUAUUUGCAUGUGAAGGAAACUGCACUUUCCUUUUAGGAUGUAGGAAGCCCUAUAGAAGCAAUGUGUAACUCAAAACAUAUUGGUGCCUUAUAUUUUCAUCACAAUACCUUUUUAAAAACAAGUUAGGGAUAUGACUUGAAUUUACAAUAGCAAGAAUGUUCAGAAACUCCCAUACUUAAUCACUAGGCAUAGUAUUUUCACAACUAUCCUAUGGCUAAGUGCACACACAAUAGUGUGCAAGAAUCCCCCCCCCCCCGGUCUAUCUUGGGUCCGGUCACUUGUCAGCUUAAUCACAGAUUUGUAUUACAUAUUUAUCAACACUAAAUGAUCAUUAACACUAACUAUACCUUCUCCAAACCAGGAUUUGCAAUCCCCGAUUAAUAUGGGAACCUUAGGCAACUAUUGGUGCAGAUUUAAUGCUGAACUAUGGUAAAAAGCAAACAGGUGGAAGAAGUGCAGAAGCUCACAGCUCACUCCCAAUCCAUUAUCCAUAGGUAAGAGAUCAGCAGUGUUAUGUCUGCACUAGACCAAAGACUUCAAAGGGAACACUGCAGAAAAAACUCUUUGAAGAUUGCAGGUUACUAGUAAACCGAUUUUCAGCAGCACUUACUCUCAAGUCAGUGGCAAGGAUUUAAAGAUCUGUUCUUUGCAGCCUGUGGUGCUUUGUACUUACAUUUCUUAACGAGCACCCCACCC